AGACGGAGUUGGAACAGAAAGCGACUGCUUAGAAUUGCAAGGAGAGUGAGCCCGCGCUACGAAGUUUGAGUACCGUGAUUUUAAGAGCCUUAAAAAAAAGGGGUCGGCUUACCUUAAAUUUUCAUCGAGUGCUAUUACCAACGGGUGCAAAAACAAUUCAUCUCAGCCAGGGCUCGACGAAUAUAAAAAACUGUUACAGAUUGAUAUUCUCGGCUCGUGGUCACCGUGAUCGUAUUCAGUUGGAGUUCAACUCAAUUAUUGGAAAUAAUCUCCAAAGUUACUCAUCCUCGAUAACACGCCCUCACCAGACAGUCUUCACAGUCAUAAUGAAUUACUGGAAACCUGAGCAAUUGGCUAAGUUUUCAACGAACGAGUGCGUAGACUCUAUAGAAAUUGGCGAUCAGACCGUUAUGAUCUGUGGUUACGUCAGCAAGAUAGACCCAGUGAGAAGCCAAUUCCUAGGACUGGAAUUCGUAAUUACCAAUGGACGCGGAAAAUUCAUUCACUGUAUGGCAGUGGAGAUUCAAGCUGAAGAUUUGUACAGAUUCAUGAAAUUGAAUAGCCCAAUUACCAUAGAUGGUGCAUCCUGCGUAAAAAUCGAAGACCCAAAAAACUCUUUGGGAAAUGUUGGGAACUACCAAUUAAUAAUUGAUACUUACACAAGAGUCUCCCUGAGCCUAGGUACUUGGAAUGAUGAGAUAGCCAAUGCAAAGAAAAUUGAUUGGUCCGAAAUUCGUAGCAAUGUCGGAAACUUUGUCACAAUAUGUGGAACCGUCAGAACGAAGUUUCGAUCCUAUAAAAAAUACACACGUGAAAAAAUAAUUCAAUAUGGCCUCGGCUCUAUAGCGAACGGUUCUGAAAAAAUUGACGUUCGUAUAAAAAAUUGUUCACUUCCCUCUGAAAUAACGGGGUUAGUUUCUGUGUCUGGUACGGUGAUGCUUUCUGAAGAAUUAUUCUACAUAGAAGCUCCGAAUGAUAUUCAAAUAAAAAAACUUUGUGGUUCGGGUAUGACCCGUGCACAAUUGAUGAAUGCAUAUAAAGCUGUAAAGAAAAUGCGUGGCUGAAUGAACGUCAUUCACGGUGGAAACAAUUCAGAUUUUCUUAUAUUCAAUAGAAUUAAACCAAGAAAUUAUCAAUAUUCAAGAAAAAAUCAUCAUUGCUUUUGCUUUGCGUGUAUGAUUUUUAUGUUCUGCUUCCUGCUUGAGUGUAAUAUGAAAUUAAUCUUCCCUGUUUGAAUAAAUCUUUUCUACAUACGAUA